AUGAGUGAAAGUCCGCAUUCAUUGAAAGCCAAAAUUCAAUUCUUGCAUCAGGAGAACCAAUAGUUGAGAAACUUUAUAGAGGAUCUACAGACUGUCAUUAAAUUGAAUAAGUAGUCAAUGCGUUCUAUGAUUGAUCAAGAUGAUACUAUUCCUAUACCAAAUUAAAAAGCGGGUGUUCGAGAGAAUGAAAACACAGUCAAGGCACUUAAAUUAGUCCUUGAAGAACAACAAAAGGAAAUCGGUCAUUUGAUGUCAUCCCUCGAAAAGGUGCAAAAGGAGAGAGAUUUUGCUUAAGGCAAAGCCCUUAUUUCAGAGGAGAUUACCUAUGCUGCCGAAAAGAGUGAGAAGAAACUCAUUGCUGAACUCGAGUCUACUAUUUAUGAACUCAAACAUACAAUCAGUUAAUAAGCCUAAAAAUUAGGUUAAUUUGAAAAGAAGGCAGAUUAAGUUGAUGAUACCACUGGAGUCAUGAUAAGAUAUAGGGAUGUUAUAAACCCCAAUUCAGCCACUAUUUUACUUCAUGAAGAAAUGGAAACUUUGCAUUAAUUGAUAGUGAGAUUAUAAUUAUAAGUUAAUUAUUUAAAGAGCAUACAACUAAAAUUAGUGACCCUUAUUAACAAGGUAAUCACCAAUUUAUAGAUGAAAAAUUAAGUGAUAGAUUAGGAUGAGGAUUACGAAAAGGCUUAACAUGAAUUUUUAGAAAUCUUAACUUAAAUUUAAUGUAAAUAGAAUAUUCGAUCUCGAUUACCCACUGUAGAUUUGCCAGCUAGAAUAAAUUCGAUCUAAUCUCCUAUGAAUACAGAUAUGAUGCAUUCUCCAGUGCUCUCUCCUUUCCCUGUCAAAGCACCUCAAGUUUAAAAAAAAAACUAUUAAAAUUUGAAUUAAACCUUUGAUGUAGCCAUUAAUGAUUCAUAUCAAUAAUGCGCAAAACAAGAAGACCCCAAAAAGAAUAUUUCUCGAGUGCCUAAGUUGAAUCUAGCCAAAGCCUUUCAAAUUCAAUAAAUCAACGCCAAAAGAUCAACCCAAUAAAUCAAAUUAACUGAGGAUUAAUUAUAGCAUAGAGUUCGUAAACUUGAACAGGAACUAGAGGAAACCAAGAAGAAUCUACAAAGAGAAAUGAUUUUAUGCAAACAUUAUGAAAUAGAAAAUGAAUCUUUAAAAAGGUACAUAAAACAAGUAGAGGCAAAUAAUGAUAUUUUGGUCAAAUCCAAUCUAAAUCUCAAUCAAAAAUGGGAGAAAAUAUAAAAAAGCUUUAUGUACUACAAAACAUUUUUUGUAGAGCAUAAGGAUUAAUUUGCUCAAUUGUAAAUAUUGGUUUAAUCAGAAAAGGAAAAAGCUAUAUCAUAAGAGGAUUACAAUGAAUUUGGCUUCAAUUCUGCCCGUGUAAGUCAUGCCAGAGUAGAUUAGGCUUAAAGGAAGAAGACUUUAUUAGAUUAGACCAUCACUUCCUAUGUUCCUUUGUAUUAGGAAUCUUUAAUGGAUAUAGAGACUCACUUAGGAAGAGUCAAUUAAUCUUUAACCUAUAAUCAGAACAAUAUAAUUAAUUCAAGUUAUGCCAACGAGAAUGAUGGUGAAUUGGCAACUGUUUACUUAGAUAAAAAUGAGAUUUCUAUGGAAAAUCCUGAUUGGAGAAACAAUCUCAAAAAAGAAUGGACUAAACUAGCUACCUAAAUUCAUUCUGCAUAACCUAAAAAUCUAAUACAACAAAUAAAGUAAUCCUUGCCAAUUCAAAAAUUGUAAAAUAUUAAAUCAUGA